AUGGUCCGUGACGAGUCGCAAGCGGCUAGUAUCCGCGUGCUCUCUCGGGAUCCCGAGAAGCCGGAGGAGACCGAGCCCAAGCAUGCCAAGAAUGAGAAACAUGCGACGUCGGAGCCGCAAGACAAUGAAAUGAGCGAAGAAGACAAGCAACUCAAAGGCGAGUUGGAUAUGUUGGUAGAGCGUUUGCAAGAGGGGGAUACCAAGUUGUACCGUCCUGCCUUGGAAGUGAUGCGCAACUUGAUUCGGACAAGUACGUCGUCCAUGACGUCGGUGCCGAAGCCCCUCAAGUUCCUGCAUCCCCAUUACCCCGACCUAAAGAAGGUGUACGAAUCAUGGUCGUCGGCCAACGAGGACAAGGUGCUCUUUGCGGAGAUCCUCAGUGUCCUUGCUAUGACCUACUCCAACACAGGCGACCGGGAGACGCUCCGUUUCCGUCUUCGUGCGGAUGAGAUGCGCACGUCUACCACGGCCGAGGACCUGGGCCACUGGGGGCACGAGUAUGUGCGUCAUCUGUGCACGGAGCUGGGCGAAGAGUACAAUGCUCGUACGGAAAAAGAAGAAGAUGCCUCGGAGCUCAUGCGUCUCGCACUGCUUGUGGUGCAGUUCAGUCUGCAACACAAUGCGGAAGUGGAUGCCGUCGAUCUGUUGCUGGAAAUGGAGGCCGUGGAUCAGCUGCCGCAAUACGUCGACAAGGACACGUACGAGCGUGUGUGUCUGUACCUUGUGAGCUGUGUGAAUUUGUUGGUACCGCCGGACGAUGUGAUGUUCUUGCGUACGGCGCGUGUGAUUUACCGCAAGCACCAGCGGUUCUUUGAGGCGCUCGUCCUGAGUGUCCGCCUGAUGGAUCGUGCGUUGAUUCGUGAAGAUUUCACGUCUACGUCGAACAAAGUGAUGCAAAAGCAGAUGGCGUUCCUGCUUGCGCGUCAGCAGAUCCCGCUGGAGUGGCUUCAGGACGAGUCGGCUCCGAUAGAGGACCAGGAGCUGCUGGACUGCCUCUUCCACACCCAUCUGUCCAGCCACUUUAUUGAUUUCGGCAAGGAGCUGUCUGUGUACGAUCCCAAGACGCCGGAAGAUGUGUACAAAACUCAUUUGGAGACCGCACGUACGACGAUGAUCGACUCGGCGCGAGGCAACUUGGCGAACGUGUUUGUCAAUGCGUUUGUCAAUGCUGGCUUCGGCAACGAUCCGCUGAUGGUCGGCGCCGACGAAGGUGAUAGCUACGUGUACAAGACCAAGGACCAUGGCAAGCUCUCCGCGGCGGCCAGUACCGGUGUUUCGCUGCUAUGGGAUACCGAGAUGGGUCUGAGCCACAUUGACAAGUACACGUACUCCUCGGAGGAGCAAGUCAAGGCGGGUGCGAUGCUGGCGUACGGUCUCUUGCAUGCGGGUGUGCGUACGGAGAUGGAUGCGCCUCUGGCGCUGCUCUCCGAACAUGUGGAGAGCAAGAGCAAGCCGCUGCAGCAUGCAUCGAUUGUGGGCCUGGGCAUGGCGUAUGCGGGCUCUGCGCGGGAAGAAGUGUUGGCGUUGCUCUUGCCCUAUGUCCAGGACGAGACUGUGUCGAUGGAUACCGCGGCGCUGUGUGCGCUCUCGCUGGGCUUUGUGUUUGUGGGUUCGGCGCAUGGCGAGAUUGUGCCGAGCCUUCUGCAGACGAUGAUGGAGCGUGAACCGUCGCAGCUGGACGACAAGUGGAUGCGGUUCCUGGCCCUGGGUCUGGCGUUGCUAUUCCUUGGCCGCCAGGACGAGUCGGACGCGACGAUCGAGACGUUGAAAGCGAUUGAGCAUGCCUCGUCGCGUGAUGUGCAGAUUCUCGUGGAUGCAUGCAGCUACGCGGGCACGGGCAAUGUGCUCAAGAUCCAGACGCUGCUGCACUACUGUGCCGAACACGUGACGCCCGCGAAGAAGGAGAGCGAAGAGGGGGACGACGGCGAGGAGGUCGAGGCGGAGACUGUCCAUGAUCUGUACCAGGCGUUCUCUGUGCUGGCGAUUGCGCUGAUUGCGAUGGGCGAGGAUGUCGGUGCGGAUAUGACGCUGCGUCACAUGUCGCAUCUGAUGCAUUAUGGCGAUCCUGUGAUCCGGCGCACGGUGCCGUUGGCGAUGGCGCUGCUGCACCCGUCCAACCCGGCUGUAGGUGUGCUGGAUACGCUGAGCAAGUACUCGCACGAUAGCGACUUGGACGUGGCGCUCAAUGCGAUUUUCGCGAUGGGCAUUGUCGGUGCGGGGACGAACAAUGCACGUCUGGCACAGCGGCUGCGCCAGCUUGCGAGCUACUAUGCGAAGGAGCCUGAUUGCCUGUUUGUCGUGCGCAUUGCGCAGGGCCUUGUGCACAUGGGCAAGGGCACGCUGGGUCUGGAUCCGUACCACACGGACCGCCUGCUUUUCAGCUAUACGGGCGUGGCAGGUCUCCUGGCGACGCUUCUGGCGUUUACCGAGGCGCGUGGGUUUGUGCUGGAUCGUACGCACUGGAUGCUCUACUGGCUUGUAUCGGCGAUGCGGCCGCGGUUCCUGAUUACGCUGGACGAGUCGCUGGCCAAGCUGCCAGUGAAUGUGCGUGUGGGCAAAGCCGUGGAUGUGGUGGGCCAAGCGGGCAAGCCACGUACGAUUUCCGGCUUCCAAACGCACACGACGCCCGUGCGGCUGGGCGCGCGAGAGCGUGGUGUGCUGGCCACAGAGGAGUAUCUAUCGUAUGCCCCAAUUAUGGAGGGCUUUGUCAUUCUGCACAAAAACCCAGGUUUGACGACGGACGCGUAG